CCUAAAGAAAAUUGUAACCUUGAGAUUGCAGAGGAAAUUAAUGUUACCUCUGACUUUCCCUUUGAAGAAGUGUCACCAGCCUCUAGUCCUAAUCCCGUAGUACGAACUGAAGAAACACAGCAAUCUCAGGCUAUAUCUUCAUGUCAUUUAAAACUUCAUGGUACACAGUAUGAGAAAAGUAAUCAGUUCUCCCAUAUUAAAUCAGGAGAUUUAACUCUACCAGGAAAAGAAAAUUCUUUUGUUGGUCCUACACUUUCAGUAGGACAAGAAGAGUUAACUCAAGUGCAACAGAUGCAGCUCUCUGCUGAAAUGCCACAGAUACUAGCCAGUCACCCGGGAAGACUAACUCUGCCUCAUAAAAUAACUGAGGAAAUCUUUCCAGGGGUUCAUGCUGGGACUUUGUCUUUCUCAGAAAAGGUACAGUGCUAUGAUACAGACUUAAACAAACCUACCUCACCUGCCAAAUACGGGGGUAACUUCAGGCCACUUGAAAAACUGGGAAAAUCAGGAAAUCCCCUGCAGCCAAUUUAUAUAGAGAACAGAAAUCUGGACAUAAAACAUCUUGCAUUGGAGUCCGGUGUACCUUCAUUCGGUCCUAGAAAAGUUGUUGAAAGUAAGUCUUCAGCUGACGCGUUAUCUACAACUGCCAUCAGUGGGAUAGUGACGAUGUCAUUAAAGCAGAAGACUGACUCCAAAACCAGAAAGGAAAAUGUCUGUGACAGUGAUCUGAAAAUAAAUGCUGGUGUGCAGACUAAGUCUGUAAACUCCACCUCCAUUGAGGGAGCUGAUGUUACCCAGGCAUACAUAUACCCAGCGAUGUCAAAGUUUGGCUCUUCCUUAGACAGUUCUAAAUGCACCCGUUGUACAAAACCAGUAAGUAUAGAGCCAGAGUUUCGAACACAGGAGAUAUCAGUAGUC